AAUACUUCCGGUGACAAACAAAAUGGUGAUAUGCUUUGCGUUCGGAUGUAGUCACCGAAGUGGUGCGAAUAAUUGUAGUUUUUAUCGGUUUCCCACAGACGCAAAGAAAAGGACAUUAUGGGGAAGGUUGUGCAGAAGAGCUGAUCGACAGCCAGAGAAUCAAAACGACAGAGUAUGUUCUUGCCAUUUUAAGGAGGGAAGAAAGGAAGGAGACCCUGUCUUCUUUCCUUGGAAUGAUAAAAAGUAUAUGGACUAUCAGGAUCCAGAAAAGUCAGAAAGGAAAAGGAGGAAAACAUGUUUGUCAUCGCCCUAUGAAGUCGAUAACUUCAGUCAGUCCUUAUCCUGUGAGAGAGAGCAGACAGAAGAUGCAGUAGAUUUUGAUGAUGUAGAACAUGUUGAAGUAGAACACAGUUAUACAGUCUCUUGCUCUCGAAACUGUUCCAAAGAAAUGCAGCGGCUCUCAUCAGAGAUAAAAAAGUUGGAAGAAGAGUUACAUGCAAUAAAAGUCAACAUGGAUAAAAGAAAACCCAUGACUGUAGCUGAAAUUAAGGACAACGAAGAAAAGAUGCUGCUUUAUACUUCAAUACAAUAUGAUGUCUUUGAAGUGCUUGUAAAACUACUUGGUCGAUUCAGUUUAAAUUACUUUCUUGGUUGGACACCAUCCCUUAAACUUGAAGAUCAACUUUUGAUUGUUUUCAUGAAGCUUAAACUAAACCUUAGAGACAUUGACUUAGCUCACAGGUUUUGUGUAAGCAGGCCAACAAUUUCUAAUAUUUUCCACUCACUGGUUCAUGCCCUUCAUGAAAUGCUGUACAAGGGGGUUGUUGAUACAUGUUUUCCUAGUCAACUAAAAUGUAAAGGCUCCAUGCCAAAGGCAUUUGCAGAAUUCUCUUCUGCAAGGGCAUCUAUGGAUGCCAUUGAGACAACACAGGAUAUACCAGGACAUCUUGAUACACAGGCUAGGGCAUACAGUUCGUAUAAGAGCCGUCACACCGUCAAGGCAGUGACUUGUGUAGCACCAAAUGGUGCAAUCACUUACUGUUCUCCUUUAUAUCCGGGAUCAACAUCUGAUGUUGCAAUUGUGCGUCACAGCAAAAUUCUUGAGAAGUUUAAGCCCGGGGACCUGAUUUUAGCCGAUAAGGGAUUUACAAUCCACGAUCAGUUACCACAAGGUGUGUGCUUGAAUAUUCCUGCAUUUUUAACUUCAAGAGGGCAGUUUACGAAGAAAGAAGCAGAACUAUGUUAUAAAAUAGCCAGAGCAAGAAUUCACGUGGAGAGAGCUAAUGAGAGAAUUAAAAACUUUGAAAUACUUCGCCACAUACCAGCAACCUACAGGCCAUUAUCAACAAAGAUAUUUCAACUGUGUUCUGCAUUAGUCAAUUUGCAAGCUCCUCUUUUGAAAGAAAUUUCAUAGUACAUUAUAUAUUUAUAAUGUAAUGAUAGUUUUGAUACUUCAGUAUUGUUCAUGGAAUGUAUUAGGAUGUAGAAUGAUGUACACAGUCAUAGUCUAGCAUAUUGAUUUUUGCAAAUCUUACACUGAGAUCUCUAACAUACUGUCUUAAAAAUCUGUAUAUUUAGCAUGUACAAAAUUUGGCAGACAAUUUUUCAACAUGUUUGUUGUAGAUCUGAUUCAGUGCAUUUCUGUAUUCAUAGAUAUCUAUCUGCAGUUCUGCACAGCACAUAGCUAUGUACUUGAUUUAGUAGUGGCUACAUAAUGCCAAAAGACUUAAAUUGAAGACAUACUAGUUUUAAGUAAUACAUUUACAGUAUUUACUUGUGCAUAUAAUAAAUAAUUUAAAACAAUAUACACAGUGAGUAAAAUUUUAUUUAUACAUUGAGAAAAUUAUAUUGUAUAAUAUAGCCCAAUUUAAACACAGGUUACUUAGCAUUUACCCUCAGGAAAAUUUUUAAAGACAAGCACUGUUGAACAGAAAUCAUUGU